CGCCGAAAUUAUCGAAUAUCGACUUUUGUUCAUACUGCAAUCCCAUUGGCUAAAAUUAACUAACCGCCAAUUUUACUAGCUCUAGACCAAUAGGAAUUCGCCAUUCGAUAAAUAACGCGCAAUUUCCGUUCAAGAUGGCUGACAAAACUAUGCCUAUUUCUGUUCCAUCAGAAAAACCUAUAAAACUCGUCAAAUGGAAAAUAAAACAAGGUGCAUUUGUGUCCCAAGGACAAAUAUUAUUUUUGUACAGUGAUUCGUCAGGCAACAGUGAUGAAAUAAAGAAAUAUAAAGCGGUACGCGCUGGUACCAUAUCGUGCAUCAAGGUGAAGGAAGGAGACGUCGUAGAACCUGGUACACACAUCGCCGAGUUGGAAGAAUGCCGGCACCCGACCGUGAUGAAGGAUAUGUGUGCGGAGUGCGGCACCGACCUCCGCACCGAUGAGCCUGCUAAACUAGACGUGGCUGUCGUCCCGAUGGUGCACUCAGUCCCAGAACUCAAGGUCUCUGAGGAAUUAGCCCAGAAAUUGGGUAGAGAGGAUGCAGAACGCCUCCUGAAAGACCGCAAGCUGGUUCUGCUUGUGGACUUGGAUCAAACUCUAGUACACACCACCAAUGACAAUAUACCACCAAACUUAAAGGAUGUACUCCAUUUCUUCCUCCGUAGCCCCGGGUGUCCGGGCCGUUGGUGCCACACGCGCUUUCGUCCGCACACACUAGAGUUUCUUGCCUCGGCAUCGAAAUUCUAUGAACUGCAUGUCUGUACUUUUGGCGCGAGGCAGUACGCUCAUGCUAUUGCUGAACUAUUGGACCCAGAAAAGAAAUAUUUCUCUCAUCGAAUACUGUCUAGAGAUGAGUGCUUUGAUCCAAGAACUAAAUCUGCUAACUUAAAGGCCUUGUUUCCGUGUGGUGACAACAUGGUGUGCAUAAUAGACGAUCGUGAGGACGUGUGGCGGCACGCGGCGAACCUCAUCCAUGUGCGGCCAUACUCGUUCUUCCAGUCAACCGGCGACAUCAACGCGCCACCACCUUUACCCGAAGAAAAACCAAAGCUGCCCAGUGGUAAGAAUGGCGCUCAAGUACCAGUGAUUCAUCAGAUGCCCACUUUGGACCCAGUGGACCCAGAACCAGAACAAAAAGACGAGAAGAAAGACAAAGAAAGCGAGGCAAAGAGUGCGGAUGAGAAAGUAGCAAGUAAAGACAAAGAGAACAAGAAAAGUGAUGAAACAAAGAAGGAGGGUGUUGAAAAAGUUGAUGUUGCAGAGGGUGAUGGAUGUACAGACCCACUGGAGCCAAAAUGGAUAGAAACUGCUGAUGGACAAAUAGAAGUUGAGGAUCCGGAUGAUUACUUAAUCUACUUAGAAGAUAUACUUAAAAGGAUACACAAACAUUUCUAUGAUGUCUACGAUAAGGCAGAAGGAAAGCAGAUCCCAGACCUGAAGGCGGUGAUACCAGAAGUCAAGAGUAAGGUUCUUACGGGCUGCAGUUUGGUGUUCAGUGGGCUAGUACCUACUCAUCAGAGGCUAGAGACAUCAAGGGCGUACCUGGUCGCGAGGAGUCUGGGCGCGGAAGUCACGCAAGACUUCACUGAAGAUACUACGCAUCUUGUCGCCGUACGGUCAGGUACCGCAAAAGUGAAUGCGACUCGCCGAAUGGGCGAUGGCAAGAAUAAAAUGCAAGUAGUGACGCCCGAGUGGCUAUGGACGUGUGCAGAGCGAUGGGAGCGAGUAGACGAGAGGCUAUACCCCUUGCAACGGGGUGGACAGAGCAGCUCGCGGCGGCCGCCGGCGCACUGCAGCAGCCCGCCGCCCGCGCCGCCCGCCGCCGCCACGCGCAAGCGCACGCCCUCCGGACGGUUCAUGGACACGCUCAACCCACUACUAUCUUUCUCCAGCGAUGAUAUCGCUGAUAUGGAUAGAGAGGUGGAAGAUAUUUUCAAUGAAUCGGAUGAGAGUUCAUCAGACGAAGAAACAAAGGCGCUGGGUGACGAUCUCGAUGACGAAGAGAACCCACCGGAGGACAGGCUAAUAUCUGUGGAAACCGAAGACAGUUCACAGGACAGGUUACAAGAGACAAUAGAAGCUGACGAAGACAGUGACACUAACUUAGAUGACGAAGGUCCCCGGCGCAAGCGACCGCGGCCCUCCACGCCUCCAUCAGACGACGACGAACCGCCGGACGAUGAUGACAGCUCCUGGCGACUGAUGGGAGCCGCGCUCGAGCGGGAGUUCCUCGCGCAGGACUGAUGUUGGUGUCCCCCGACAUCACCUCGGAUCAAUACAUUAGUGCUCUGUGGUUCAGUUCGGGUUUCAUUUACGAACGUUUUCCCGUCACUCUCGGGUAGCUUGUGGAUGCGAAGGUCGAAAUAUACCUGACAUAGGCAUGCCCUUACACUGCUGAGGAUCAAUAAAUUAGUGCUUUUCAGGUUCA